CCGCGCGAUUUCAUCCCUCAAACGAGAGAGAGAAGCCCACGGCUUCAACCGCGCGCGGUUGUCCUUCGGCAUACGAAUCGCGUAUCCCGUAUCAACAGUUGAUCACGAACGUAACUUUUUCUUGAAGAGGUGUUGCUUCAGGAGUGUAAAGAAACGAAAGUCUUGUGAACAGUUCCAAAAGAAGAUCGCGAUAUGAAGAUUACCAAAUAUCUAUACUGUACUCUGGCUUGCAUAUGCCUGCUGAAGGUGGCAAAUAGUGAGAUUCCGAGAAUCAAGAAUUCACUUUUACAGUUCGAACGGCAGCUUCUAAAUGCCCUAAACGCUGAGAAAACAACCAAGUCAAAGAGACCAUUUUGCAAUGCUUUCACAGGAUGCGGCAGAUUUAUAUCGGAAGAAAAAAGAGAGAAGAAAAAAGGAUUUGCCACACUGCAAGAUUUACCAAACCUUGAAGUGAUAAGCAACAACGUUCAGCUUCCGGUUUCUCUGUAUAAGGCAUUGUUGAAUGCCGCCAAACAGAACGUUUGGAAAACGAUGGAUCGCGAAGAAUAUGAUUAUCAAUUACAACAAAUACCACAGAUUUAUCUCUCGGGUCAAAUUCCUCUACGUGAUACGAUGGAAAGCUAAUUUUGACGGAUACAACUUGAUGCAUGGGUGCCAUCAGAAUUUGUAACAGACAGAUUUAUACUUUAUCUUUUUGUUUUAAAACCACAAUUUGUAACAGAUAAAGUUAUACUUUGUCUUCUUGUUUUUAAACAUGCAUUAUCAAAUAUCUAUAAUACUGAUUAUAUAAAUAUUCUGCAAGAAUUAUGUUAAUGAAAUUAAAACGUUUUAACUAAAACUUAUUUCUUCUUCUGCAACAGAACACAAUCUUUUUUUUGCGCCCACUUCAGUGCUCACUUAUUUUUUCGUUUUGUUAUAUAAAAUCAUCGAUUAAAGAAAUCUAAAUUUAAAUAAGAAAAUUAUAUAAUUAAUAUAUGACAUUUUAUUUUACUUACAACUUCCGAAAACUUUACUGCUACAAAUGUAUUGUUCAUAAAAGAAGCAUAUAAAAAUGUAAUCAGUAUAAUAUUGGUGUUAGUUAGAAUUAGAUUAGAAAUAUUUAUUUGCAGGAGCACUUUGAUAGUUAUGUAUUUAUUUGUACGCACCUUGUCCUCCCGACAAAUGACUCAAUUUGUUAAUUAAAAAUAAUUUUAAGAUCUA